AUGGCAACGCUGCCCUCGUGGCAGGUGGCACGUGUUCGUUCCCAGAAUUUUUGGCUCGCACUUGUUGUCCCAGAAGCUGUCAUGGGACGGCCCGCACUCGCACUGGCGGUGGCGCCUGAGUCGCUUCUGGGCCCUGGAGCUGGCCUGAGGCUCCUGCUGGGCCUCUGGUGGCCCGAGGGCGGCUGGCCGCGCCUCAGGGCGCUGCUGCUGGCCGCCAUCACGCUCGCCUCCAUCAGCCUGCUCGUGGCCGGCGUCGCGCUCAAGCUCUACAUGGACACGCCGCAGGAACUCGAGGAGUUCGCGUUCUGCGGCCUAGUCGCUCUCGUCUGCGUAGGGUUCCUGAUCAAGGAUAUUGUCUUCAUAAUGGAAGGAUCCACACUACUUCGCCUCGUAACGAGGCUCUCGGUGAUGAGAAGCGAAUAUGGCGGCGGAGAAUCCAGCGAGAGUAAACGGAGACGUUACAUGCAAAUCUCAGAACGCAUGUACCGCUACUUCCAGGCAAUGGCGAUACCUGCGGUGACAUGCUGGGUGUGUGUUCCUCUGGUCUCCAGCGUCAUGACGUCGGCCGACGAGAUAUCAACUGAACAACGCCGACAGUUCCCCCUGCCAGCCUGGGUUCCAACAAGUUUCGAUGCGUCACCUACGUACGAGAUACUUUACGUCAUUCAGUCGGCAUUCGCCAUGAUCACAGCAGAGUCUACAGUCUGCACGGACAUUUUCUUUUUCAACCUGAUGCUGAUGGUUGCGGCGGAGCUGGAAAUUUUAAAUGACUGCAUAGCUGCCAUGCAAGAAAGCCGAUCGAAAACUCAGGGUUCCAAAGACGAACAAGACACAGAUGCCCUCAAACGAAUCUGA